AUGGACAAUAAUAAUAAUCGACCGGUUGGUAAUGUAAAUUCGUCUUCCACAUCAACCUCAACUUCAACAACAGCAUCAUCGACAGCGUCAUCGACCAAUACGACGCCAACGGUUCGACAAAGUCAUAAACGAACUUUCUCUGAAUCCGAUUCAUCCUCACGAACCGAACGACAUUUGUGCUCAUUUUCUCAUUUAUGGAUUAUCAAUUAUCUUUCAUCGUAUAUCGAUGAUGCGAAUUCAACUUGUCUGCAAUCCGAAACAUUCUCACCUGUGAAUACUCCCUAUUCAAAUACUCGUUGGAGUCUAAAAUUGUAUCCACGUGGUCUAAAUGAAAAACAACAUGCCACUAAUAAUAUUGCAAUAUUUCUUAAAUAUGUUAGUGGAACGAUGCCUACCAUCAAAGCCAAAGCAGAAUUUAGUGUUAUUAGUCGGAAUAAUGAACUUGUUAUGUUACGCUCGACUAAUUUUCACACAUUUUCAUCAGGAAACGAUUGGGGUUAUUCAGAAUUUCUUGAUGGCAAUUACCUGAAUUCUCGUCGAAAUGAUCUCUUAACUGAUGAUCGUCUUCGUGUCUAUGUUCGAGUGAUACUAGUUGAUGAAAAAGAAACAAUCACAAGUGAUCUAUACCAUCCGUCUCAUCACCACCAUCACCAUCAUCAUCAUCAUUCUUCAACAAUUGUACCUCUUCCUCCACCUCAACAACCACAACAGCCGCAGCAGCAGCAGCCGUCGCUACCGCCACCUGCACCACAGCAGCAGACAUCGAAUACUGCUCCGAAAACUCAAGCUACCACUUCUUCAUCCUCAGCGUCAUCUUCUACAACACCGGCAAUAAUGAACUCAAAUCCGUCGAAUGCUUCAUCAACAGCAACUCCAGUUGUAUCUGGUUUAUUCACUGAUGACAAAGAACGCUUUAAAUCUUUAGAACUUUUAUCCAGCCAAAUAAAAACACUUUUAGAUGACGAACGUUUUACCGAUGUACAUAUUCAUGUCAUACCGAAACAACAGCCAUCACAACAAGAAAAUGUCAACGAUGAACAUCGGAAAAGUCCGCGAACGAAACGAACAUCAAUUAAACAACAGCCACAUCCGUCCUGUUCAUCAUGUCACUGUAAAUCUGACAAAAUCAAAUCAAUUCACAAUGAGCCAAUAUCUGAUCAACAUGAACAGUCAUCAUCAGUUAUUUCCAAAGAUUCUGAAUCAUCUCCAUCUAUCUCCAGUCCGUGCCAGCCGUCUUUAACGCGACGAGCGACUCGUUCAACAACGUCUCUGCUUUUACGCAAUGCUCAUAGUUCAUCUGAGAUUAGUCAUUCGUCGUCUUCGGAUUGUUCAACAUCUUCUUCCGACACGUGUUCAUCGUCUUCCAGCGCAGCAUUCAUUCAUAAACAUUGUUUAUGUAUCUGUCACGACCAAGAGCACAGCAUCGAUGUUCAAUCGCCCUACAUUAAAUACUCUAAUGCCACUCCAUUGGCAACCUUUCACGCACACAAGGCAAUACUAAUAUCACGAUCAUCGUCAUUCGCUCAUCAAAUACGUUUAAGCAAUUCCAAUGGACUGAAUCAUAGUUUAAAAUGUCCUCCCAUCGACUUGUAUAUCGACGAUCUUGAACCAUCCACCGUUCGUGCUAUGCUAAUCUACAUGUACACAGGUCAUUUGCCGAGUAGUAGUGAAGAAAUUCAUAAUAAUUUAAAUGCUAUUGAUCUUUUCCGUGCUGCUGUAAAAUAUGACUUAUUCGAAUUGCGCGAUCUAACCAAGUCAGCUAUGAUAGAAGUGUUAAAAGUCGAUAAUGCUAUCGAAAUGCUUGAAGUUAGCGAUCAAGCGAACGAUAGCGCACUUAAACAACAAAUCCUUGCAUUUAUACGUUCAAAUGCUUUAGCAAUAUCGAAAACAAACAACUGGUUAGCUUUUACUAAACAAAAUCCACAGUUAAUAAUCGAUGCAUUUCGUUCACUCGUCACGCCAACGAUCGCUAAACACAAUAAUAAAAAUUUUACUCAUCAUCAUCAUUCGACAUCAUUAACAACGACAAAUAAAUACUCGACAAAAUAUGAUGGAUGA